AUGAUAAACGGCCGAUCAAGUCCGCAGGAAGGGGACCUGGGAUCGUCGUCUCCCGCACAGGUGCUGAAGGUCCCCUUCCCCUCGCCCCCUUACCGCAGCAGCAGCAGCAGCAGCAGCAGCAGCAGCAGCAGCAGCGGCUCUCCUGCUGCUGCGGGUGGGCUGAGCAGCACGAACAGCAGCAGCACGAGGUCUGACGAGUCUGCCGUGUGUCUGUCUCCAAUAGCCCCCCCGCAAGACAGCAGCAGCCGCAGCAGCAACAGCAGCAGCAGCAGCAGCAGCAGCAGCAGCUAUUUUUCUUCGCUGGACCACCCUAGGCCGGUGUACUCGAUCAGCGUCAGCAGCAGCAGCAGCAUCAGCAGCAGCAGCAUCAGCAGCAGCAGCAUCGGCAGCAGCAGCAGCAAACGCUGGGCUAGCUGCCGCAGGCCUCUGGACGUUGUUGUUCCGCAGUGUAUUUACUUCACCGAAGACCCUGUUACAGGUCAGCAGCCGCUGCAGCAGCAGCAGCAGCAGCAGCAGCAGCAGCAGAAGAGCGGCGGUGGCCGGGGGGCAGCAGAUGGCGUCUCUGCUGCAGCAGCAGGAGCGUCUGGAGGCGGAUCGCCCCUGAGCCUGCUGCAGCCGUACUGGGGGAAGCAGCAGCAGCAGCAGCAGCAGCAGCAGCAGCAGCAGCAGCAGCUGCAGCUGCAGGUGCUUCCGCCGCAGCAGCAGGGGUCGUACCGCGUCGCUGCUGCCGCCGCCUGCUUGCCCGGGCCUCCCGGCGGGCCCCCCGCAGCAGCAGCAGCAGCAGGGGGCGCAGCAGCAGCAGCAGCAGCAGCAGCAGCAGCAGAGUCUGGCAGCAGACUCUCGUUUUUGCUGACUUCAGUUGGUGCUGCAGUGGGGGUGCUGCAGUGGGGAUCGGCUGCGUGUGGAGGUUCCCCACUUACUGCUGCAAGUGGGGCGGGGGCCCCUUCGUGGUUUGUUAUUUGCUGCUGCUGCUGCUGCUGGGGGUGCCGCUGCUGUCUUUGGAGACAGUUUUUGGCCAGGUUUUUCGCGGCAGCAACUUGCGAGUCAUGUCUUUGUUGUCUCCUUCUCUCCGCGGACUUGCUGCUGCCACUUUGCUGCUGUCUUUUUGCAUUUGUUCUUAUUAUUCUGUCUUUCUGGCCUGGGGCUGCAGUUAUGCUGUUGCUGCUGCUGCUCCGCUGCUGCCCUGGGGUGUCUCGACAGCUGAGCAGCAAAUCUGUGGGGUCCCUUCGCUGCAGCAGCAGGCGGCCUGCGAGGCCGCGCGGGCGGGGGGGCUCUUCUGCAGGUGGCGCCCUGCUGCUGCUGCUGCUGCUGCUGCUGCAGCGCGGGACGCUGCUGCUGCUGCUGCAGCAGCGGGCAGCUGCGUGGCGGACCCCGAGGCGAAGGCCGCGGCCUUCUUCUCGCGGGCCGUGCUGCAGCAGCAGCCGGCGCCGGCAGCAGCAGCAGCAGCAGCAGCAGCAGCAGCGGCGGCGGGGGUGCCGGAGGAGGCGGCUGCUGCUGCUGCUGCUGCUGCGCUGGCAGCUGGCUGCUGGUGGGGCUGGCGGUGUCAGUGCUGCUGUCUGGGGCGCUAGCAGUGGGGCCCUGGGGGCCCCUGGGGUUAAAUGUCUUUGUUGGAGAGGGGAGACGGGGGGAGGGCCGUUAGGCCGUAAACCCUAA